AUGCCUAACAUGAAUUACAUCAUUGUAUAUUUCAUUCUUGGCGUGCUGUUGUUUUGGAAUAUUGGUAAGAGUUUGUUGGAAGGAUUUUAUGGGACCGUCGUCAUCUUGACCAGCGUGGGAUAUGGAGACUUGGUGCCAUUAGUGCACAGGGACAAAUUUUUGAUGUGUGUUUUAAUUUCCAUUGGCUUCUUCUUUGUGGCUGAUUGUGUGGAAGAUAUGUUCGAUUAUAUUCAUUAUAAGGUGGUAAUGUGGCUUCGGCAAAAGGAAUGGUACUCCAAUGUUUGCCCCAUCAACCUUCUUUUGGCAGUCAUUGGAAUAUCAUUGUUACUUGGAUCUGGAACUGUUGCAAUACGUUUCAUUGAGGGCAUGAGCUGGACAGAUGCUUUCUAUUUAACAGUUGCCUCAGUUACAACAGUCGGGUUUGGAGAUAAACACUUUCAAUCAACAGGGGGACAGUGUUUUGCAAUAUUCUGGUUACUGUUAAGUACCAGUGUUGCUAAGCGGCUUUCUAAAUGGUUGAAUGCCCAAAUUAACCACAUGAGGUUUAGUAAUAUGGACACAAGAAGUCAAAGGCGUGAGUGA